AAGGGAGUGGACGGCGAUGGCUUGCGGAGUAAUGGCGUCGUCUACUUGAACGGUCUUUCAGGCGAUACCUUAUCAAAAGCCUAAAAAGAAAUCCAUGUAUACGUCAUCUACUGGAAGUCCUCUUGUCUGAAUAGCUGGUUACUGUUUCCAGAAAUAUGAGCAGGAUGGAUGACCCAGACACAGAUAUGAAACUAGAAGUUGGGGGGGAGACAGGAGGGGGAGUACGGUACCAAGACCCACUUCUAGUGCCCACGGCCGUUCUUCUUGCCCGGAGGGAAGUGCCAACCAGGUAUCCACGGGCAACUAUUAGUCAACUACAUCGCGUGACAGAAGAGACCUUGGUAUAUCGACAGCAUUCUCAGUUGUCAUGUCAACUUCCCGGGGCACCCAAGUCUACAUUCUUGAUGGUGUUUAGUCCUGAUGGAUCCAAAGUUGCCUCAACCCAUGGAGACCAUAACAUUUAUGUGAGUGAAGUGAAGACUGGUCAUUGUAUAUGCACCCUGGAGGGUCACCCUAGAACCCCCUGGUGUGUGGCCUUCCAUCCUGCGUCUAAUGAGAUUAUAGCUUCAGGCUGCCUUGGAGGAGAAGUCCGGGUGUGGGAUCUUAAGGGUGGCAGUGAAGUAUGGACUACUGAGAAGAACACAGUCAUUGCCUCCUUGGCCUUUCAUCCAACUGACCAAGUUCUUGUCAUUGCAACAUUCAAUGAGAUUUAUUUUUGGGACUGGUUCCAACCUCAGCCUUUUGCAAAGAUAUGUACUGCAGAUGAGAAAGAAAAAGUAAGGUAUGUGAAGUUUGACCCUCUUGGCCACAAGUUGAUUACUGGCAUUGCCAACUCUCAUCACGACCGACCAACACAAGGUUCCUGCAGACUUGGGGGAUCGACCGGUGGACCAUUUCUCUCUCAGUCCGAAUUAGUGGAGAGAGAGCAGCAACUCUCUCAUCGUUACAAUCAAUUGUCAAACCAGUACCUCAACCUCAUGUCAAGAUAUGAAGCUCUUACCAGCAGAGCCUUCAGUAAUGUGUCUCGAGCAGCUGCAAGCAGAAUUGACAGAGGUACCGAUCCUAUUGAACCUCCACCGGCAACCUUAGGACAACAAGCAUUGCUGAAUCAAGCUCGACAGUUUGCUCGACAAGUGACUGAAGAAAGAAGAGGGGCCACUCAGAAUCAGGAUUCAUCUCAUGGUGAGAAUUCCAGAGGACGGUCAACUUGGGCUCCUGACAUCCAGGGAGGUCGUGAUUCCCAAGCCUCCACCGAGCUGAAUCUAAGACUGGAAGAGGAUUAUGGCUUAAGUGCUGUUCGGACUUUGCGGCAAAUUAUUAGUGAUGACAGUGCCUCUUCUUCCAGUCUUGAUUCUAGUUCAUCGGCCACCAGUGGAGCGAGUGGUGUGUCUGAGAGAAAUACGCGCCUUUCGUUGUUGUGGGAGUCGAGGCUUCAGCGACCUGGUCAAGAUUCCGACAGUGCUGGAGAGGCAUCAAGUGUUCACAGUUUAGGUGAUACUGGUGCGCUAGGUGGGUCUGGGGACCACAGGGCACCAGUGGCAGGUGAUGGAGUGUCUGGGACAAGAAGAAGUGACGGUAAUCUUACUGAACGGAGAAAUUAUCGAGGGACAGAGGAGAGGGCUAGUGAUGAUGAAGAUGCACCUAAUCAAGGAACGCCCAGUCUGCGCUCGAUAGGGUCUCAGUCGGAGCGUGCAGGGUUACAAGUGGACUACUAUCCUGUUAUUCACUUUGGACGUAGUAGAUUAACACAAAGUAGAAGUGAGCCUGGUUUAGGAAGUAGUCAAAGUAGUGAGGUGGAUAGUGAUAAUGCUGGUGGUAGUGGUGGCAUUAGACCCGAGGGCACCCAGAAUAAUGGUGCUCAGGAUAGUACAGGAAGUAGUGAAAUACGCCCUAGUGAAUUAGAUGCAACCCAAACUAACACAGUGAGAGAGUCACAAUCAAGGGAGAUGGAGCAUGAAAGAAUUAAUGUUCCUCGUGAGUCCCAGAAUAACCAGAGAGACCUUCCACCCCUGCCUCCCAUUCCUCCGAUAUCACCCAGCACACAAGUUCCUCAUAGUGACCCCAACGAAGAUCUCGCAAUUCCCGGACCUUCUGGUCUUUCGGGAGCAUCUCGGUCCCGGAUGUCUUCUCUCACGUCAUCUUCACGCUAUCCCACUUCCUCCACUCUUGAUCCUCAGUUUGGGGUGCAGCUCCUUAGUCGGCACAUUGAAAAUAUGCAAAGAAUAUGCAGAGCACACUUAGAGAUUACUAGACAUAGACAUGAGAUAAUGCGGUUACAGCAGAUCCGAUCCAUGCUCUAUGACAUACAGCACCAAAUCCAUUCCUUACGUAUGUCGGUAGACCAAUCGGUGGAAGACCUCAGUGGACCUCUACCAGAAAUCAAUACCUCAACUACCCACAGAAGUGGAGGCGUCGGGGAAGAUGAUCUCCAGGUGCCAUCCCCGCACCUAGGACCUAGUGUCAACUCCCAACCAUUGCCUCUUAUUCGCCAUUGGUCUCGUACUAGUCCUAGAUCAGUUGCCCGAUUACAGAGAGGGCCUUUUGGGACAAGAGCACGAUCUCGACACUCUCAUAGGUCAUGCAUGAUGUCGCCUAGUGUUUUUCGUCGGCUUCCCCGGCGUCGUUCUAUACGCACACGUCUCCACCUUCCUGAGCUAUCUGCUCCUCUGCAGGCAACUAAUAGCUCCACAGGAGGAGCAUUGGGAGGACGAUUGUCUCCAACAAGAGGCUUGUUGGAACCAGGAAUCCCGACUACAACCACCGGGACUGGAGCUGUGAUUGGUCCACUUCCAACACCACCACCAGAUCAAGGACAUUCGGAGGAACAGCCAAGAGAUAUUGUGCGGAUUGUAUCGGGCAAUCAGUAUGGCACACAGACAAGAACGCGUCCUCAGAUGUUACGUCACUCCUUUGAACGACUUCAGGAGCGUUUACGGGAGAGACAGGAGGCACUGGAGCAGCAGGAGCGCCGUCUUCGUGGCUUCCUCAACGCGUCGUCGCCCACUUCCAGCACAUCAUCUGGUACCUCAUCGGCUUCUGUAGAUCGUGAAGAAGAUCCACCAAGUCCACCAGAGCGUUAUCGACGUGCAGGGCCACCAACUACGUCGCUGGCCUCAAGAAUUGCUAAUAUGAUAGCGCACCAAUCAGCUAAUGCAGCCAAUAAUACCUCAACCUCAGAGCCUCAAGAAACUAAUGCAGGGAGCAACAGAACAGAGACGACCUCAAAUUACACACCUAUUAGACCACCAGAGAGAGCAUCACAGAGGCCUUUAGACAGACCAUAUAGCAGACCUUUUGAGAGGAAUUCACUGAGAACUUCCAGCAGGUGGUUUGACAGGCCAUAUGGAAGAGUAUCAGACAGAUGGUGUGAUCCAAAUUCCGAUCGUUUGUCAAGGAGAGGGUCGGACAGAUUGCAUGGAAGACAUUCUGAUCGCCCGCAAGGAAGAAACCUUGGAAGGAAUGCUGACAGACUACCUGAUGCCCCAAACGAAAGAGCUUCAACUGCAUCAAAUCCGUGGUGUGAUUUACCUCCUGCUCAACGGCCAACUCCUCCAGGGCCACCGCCAACAGCACCUCCAACCCUGUCACAGCUUGAUGGCACAGAGGCUCAGAGCAAUGAUUUUAAUAAUAAUUCUAGUCAGUGGCACAGUGCAAGACAUCGAUUAAGACAAGAUAUUUUGAAUGCACGGCGAGAUAUGGUAGCUGGUCGCAGUCCUGGCAACACCAGGGAUUCUGUUCGGUUUCCUAUGGCAGCACUAAGAUCUCGAAGUAUUACAGCUGAGAGAAUACUCAUGAGGGAAGGCUUUCGUCGUGAGAGACGAGACCGUUACAGGCAAAUAUUACAGCGGAUGGCAGACCGCCUCAACAGCCUGGUUAACCAGGAGCAAGAGCACCAGCACCAGCAUCAACAAAGGCAGCAAGAGCAGCAAGCAACAGAUGCCCCGGAGGCUGAGCCGGAUGCUGGUGGAAGCUCCAUGGAUAACCAUAUGCUGAAUUUACGGUUAUUGGUUCGGCUGGCGCUUCACCUUAUAUAUCAGCUUCUAAAUUUCAUCUGCAACCAGAAUAUAUCGUACGAAGAACGACCCAUAUCCCGCCUUCCAAACCCCUUCCGUGAUGAAGAGACAGGUGGUGCUGGAGAUGGGGAAAGAGGAGACUUUCCUCCUCCAAUGGCAUUGGAUCUUGAACCAGGUCUUCAUAAUUUAACUACACUACUAGAAACAGUGCGCAUGGCUAGUGAAGAACUGCGAAAUGAUAGUGUUGGAGAUGGUGCUGGGGAAUCUAGUCCUGCACCAGAGAGUACAAGACCCAUCACGAAUGUUCCAAGACGUCUUACAGAUUUCUUGAGACGGUCAGGGAAUUUGGCUCAACAGCCGGGUGCAAAUGGAGAAUCCGGGAGGACUGGGACCACAGGGUUCCGAAGUAGCUCGCCACGACCUCAGCUUGUCAUUCCUCGUAUCACACUGAGUGAUCCUAAUGGGAGUGAGAGCCAGGUAGAAGAAGAAAGUGCACCAUCCAGUUCCACACCUGGACCUUCUCACAACGACCAGGCAGAUUUCAACACGAGGUCAGUGUCAGGGGUGCCUCUUCGGCUUCUUGGACGUCAGUAUGCUGUUGAUCGGCGAAGUCCAGACUCUGAAGAUUCUCCUGGUCCUCCAGAUGGAGUUCAGGAUGGGCCAAGUCAUCCACCAGAUGCACCAUUUCCAUGGAGAGGCCACUUAACUCCUUAUGAUAUAGGACUUCCCAGAGGUCCUGGUUCAGAGAUGCUUUUCCGUCCCAAUCUUCAGCGUGCACCGCCUGACCGAGCAGCAGAAAGAGAAGCCGAUAACUUCUUUAGUAGACCUUACUUUACACCACAUUUUGGAGCAUCAAGAACUAUAUCAGGCUCCCCAGGCUCGGGGGUCACUCAUCGCAUCCAGGCUUGGGACUUUGCCCACUACCGCAUCCCAGACAUCUCUGAUGGUAAUGCAAAUGUGGUUGUGGGAAAAUGCAAAAUCCAUAAUGAUGCCAGUGUUGAUAUUUCUUCUGAUGGCACCAUGCUAGCUGCCUUGGUCCCUGAGAGCCAAGCCAUGACUAUGGUUGGAGUGUACAGUUUGGAAGGUCAUUCUUUUGGCCAGCUGCUCUACAGCUACAUCUUUGCGCCUAACACUAUCUGCGUCAGCCUCUCUCCGAUGGCAAGACAUUUGGUGGUUGGCUUUGCUUCACACAUGCCACGGCUUGUUGCGCAUCAUAAUACUAAACAGGUUGUGGCUCAGAUCUACAAACUGUGUGACAACCCCAUGUUCCACGGCCGAGGGCAAGCAGGGCACUUACAGCUGCUCCGAGACAUUGAGGUCAUGAGUGACCACCGUCACACAUCACUAAACUGCAUUCGCUGGCUCCCUUACCCUGGUCAAGGCCUUAUUUAUGGUACUAAUAGGGGACAGUUAAAUAUCUUACGCUGACUGCUCUCUAUAUGUACAAUAUUGGAGACCAGUUAAAAAGGGAAUGGCAGAACAAACACUUUAAAAAUGGUGUGGAAAUAUUCUAUACAAAAUAAAAGACAUUAAGGCUACAGUUAAGAAAGGAAAUUCAUUCAGUGCCAUAUGAGAUUUGGGACCAUCUCUCAUUAACAAAGGACGACAUUGGCGAUGCGCAUCUGUAGUGUAGAGGUAACCUCUCUUUUGUACUGGAGACAAAAGUAGGUUGGCUAUAGAUGGUCCAGCAUAAGUGAGAAGAUGUAACAUUCCUGCUGAGGCCGUACUUGUGUUUUAAGUGAGAGUAGCUAACUCAUUUUCUCAAAAGCACACAUUUGGGGUUGAGGGAGAUGGUAUUGUUUGAAAAUUUAUGUUAAUGUAAGCUAAAAAGUAUACGCUUGUAAAUCACUUCACAAAACAAGUAUGGUCUUUUAUAAUGAGUAGUCUUGUAAAGUUUUGUUAUUCUCAAUCUCUUAUUUUGGGUUAUAAAUACACACACACAAAAUGGCAUUAAUGAGACAAGCCUUGGUCUGGAACCAUUCAUUGUGCUAAGCUACCACUGAAGCAGUUUAGCAUGUAUUGUGAUAUUAUUCUUAUAUUUGUUUAAUUAUUAAAAAUCUUAAAUUUAAUCUAAAUAUACAUUCACAGGUCAUUAAAUAUGUCAGACACAAUUAUUUUACUGGAAUAAGACAAGUUGCUAAAACCUUGACACAUGUGUAUGCCAUUCUUCAUUACUAUUGGGAGUGUAAAUAUGAUUACGUACCUUGAAAUUUCCGCGUGGUUGAGGGGUUUCAUUUAUUGGUAGUGCUGUUUUACGGAUGAUCUUAUUCUUCUGUGUAUUUUGUAUACAAACCUUCAAGAAGCUUAUCUAAUGCCAGAGCUAAUAGUAAAUUAAGGUUAUCGACCUCAAUGGCGAUUUCUGAUCCUGUUCAUUUGCAGCGAUCACAAGCUAGAAUAAGACUGGGUGUAAAAGGGUUCAUUAAUUCACAAGAGAUUUUGAUACGGAGAGGAUUCCUAUAUAUUGUAUCGUACUAUGCCUUCAAAAAGAGUAAAUUUUUCCGAGCCUUUUUCUCGGCAUUUUUAUUUUAUGCUUCCACGUUUUAAAGGUUUAUUCUCCUGGAAAUGGUUUUAGAAGUGAAGCAUGAAAGUUGAUAUAUAAUGUACACACACACCAACUAUAUCUGGAGUCACAGUCUCAUGCCUACAAUCAUAACAAGGAUCUUUACUUACAAUCUUCUCCAGAUACUCUAGUCAAGGCUCAUAUCCUUACAUUUCUUAGUGUUUAAUUACUGCCUUGCCUUGAUUUGUGACUUUACCUCCCAAUUACCAGCAAUUGCCUAAGCUCAUUAUCUUUAGUAGCUAUUCGUGACUUAUUCAUUCUGUGCUCUUGACACUUUUGUAGGGCAGGAUGUACUUGCCAUCUUAUAAAAAUAGUGUUUAAUGCUAUACACGUUAAAGCACACAGCCUUGUCAGUAGUGGAUUCCAUAUUUACUUUUCAACUGUAAACUUUUUACAUGGUGCUAUUGCAUCUAUGGGUUAAACUACACACUAAUUAGAUUGUCUUAAUCACAUCUGAGAGUUACUAAGUAAACUGUUCUAACAAACUUGCACGUAAUUCUAAAACCUUAAUCAUUGUUUCAAUCAUGACAGGAAUAUAUUCACAAAAUACUUAUUAUCUUGCCUGUUGUUUGCCUGAAAAUCAGGAACCGCCUUUCCAUGGAAUAGCCUUCAGGAUGCGUGUCUUUCUGACUUUUAAAAACUAUGUGAAGUUCCAUUUGUUUUGGUACAUGUUCAAUACAUGUACAGUAUUAAUUUUGUGGACUGUGUCCCAUGUAGUGGAGUUGCACUAAAGAAAAAUUCUAUGAGGAAAGUCUGGCAGCUGUUUUAGUGAACUGAGUUUGUUUAUAAAUGAAAUAGGAUUUCAGUCAUAGACCUUUCCUUUUCCUGCCAUAGAUAUUUAAUUGUAUGCCUGUCUAUUCAUUUCCUUUACCAUCCACAGUGGGGUGAUCUAGGUAGUAAAAAUCUACAAAAAAUAAAUAAGAAGGAAAAUGAUGCUGCCUAUAAUAGAGCGCAAUUUGUGUUCUUGCAUGUUUGUGUUUGAAGAAGCAUACAUGACUGUAGGAAAUUUUGAAGUGUGUUCGUGCGCACAUGUGGUUUUUAUUUACCGAUUAAUUUUUUGUUUGUUAAAUGACAAAUAUAUUUAUAAUUUUUAUAUAUUAUAUGGUUUCAUAUAUAAUAGGUGCUAAAAUAAAGGAACUGUAUAAGAAUAAUAAUACUAUGUGGAUUCUCUGA